AAUACUCCAAUAGUCCAAUAAGCCAUGGCCACAUCCGCUGUUUCGCCGAAACAUGUGGCCGCGAGCGUAUGGUGAGUGAUUCGACGUUUGCACGUGUGAUAUAAUACGAGUCCAGAUUAAAAACAUACGUACAGCAAUUGCCGGAAGCAGUGUACACUACAUAAAGUGAAAGCUGUACUCGUCGAAAUGUCUGUGGUAUCCUCAAGAGUCAGCAGUGUGUCAUCUAUAUUGAAAGCCGGCGGAGUUAGAGCACAGUUUAUUAAGCAGCCCGGCAAAGUAUAUUUUAAGCUCCCGAAAAAUGUUAAAAAUAUAUUAUGUAAUUCCGCAAACAGUGAUGGGAUUAAAGAAUAUGAGAAACUGAUACAUUCGCUUAAAGAAGGUGCUAUAAAGGAUAGCGAUUUAACAGAAUUUCUAACUGAAGCAAGACAAUGUAUAUCCUUGUUAGAUAUUAGACACGAAUCGUUUGUUCAAGCACUUCUUCAAAUCGAAUGGACAAAUAGGUCACCAGAAGUAAUUUCAACUUAUAAAUUCUUCUUGCAAGAUUUAGUGUGUAUGCAGACACUACAUAUAAAAAUUGUAAUAAAUCGUCUGGUCGAAUUGUUCAAACCAGCAGAAGAUAAUAAUGCUGAACAUGAAAUUGGACAGUUUAAAAGUGAAGAUAUGGAGAGGUUGAAUCACAUACAUGACAUAUUGCAUAAAAUUUUGGAAGUAGUGCCAAUGUCAGACAAAGUUUUACUGCAAUCUCUCGUAUCGCAAUUUCCAUAUAUUGUACAUGGCACUUAUACACAUGAAAUUUAUAUCUAUGCGUUAUUACAAAUUCUAAAUUAUGCACCUCAACUGAGAUCAAAUAUUUUGGUCUUUAUUAUUAACAGGCUAGUGAUGUUGGAUGUCAAUAUUCCCCGUGAAGAAACAAGCAACGAUGAGGAAGACGAUGUAGUAGAUGAUUGUAUCAGCUCGAAUGGAAAAGCUGAUAAUAACGAUCUGAUCAAAAUAAAUAAUGACACGGACAAGAGAAAUACUGUCCAUCCAACUGCAAGUACACUGGAUUCGUGUAUGGAAUUAUUUCUUAAAUAUAUGAACGAGUUUUGUUUUGCGAAUGGCGUUCUGCAGAUAGAGAACUUGAGAACGCUAUACUUCGAUAUUCUCUGCGCAUUUGAAGCAGUAAUAUUACCUACGCACGGUAGUCAAUACGUGCAAUACAUUAUGUUCUACAUAUGCAGUUUUAGAACCGUAAUCACGGAAACGUUCACAAAUUGGUUGUGGCAUAAAGUAACCGAUCCUAAUGUAGCGCCAGUUCUUCGACAAACAGCUGUUUACUAUAUUUCUAGCUUACAUGCUACUGCCUCAUUUAUCUCUCCCGGAUUAGUGAAAAUGACAAUGUCCAACUUGACACUAUGGAUACACAAAUAUAUCAUUUCUCAAGAAGACACGGAAUACAUUGAUGACGCAAAACCGCACGCCGUGUUUUAUUCUGUUUGUCAAGCUUUCUUUCACUUAUUCGUCGCGAGGCACAAACAUUUUGUCGAAUCAAAAAAUGGAAUAUUAUUUCUUCAGAAUCUUGAUAUAUCGAAAAUCGUUACUUGUAAAUUAAAUCCCCUGAAGAUGUGCGACACCAAAAUCGUUCGCGAUUUCGCCGAUAUUACGAGCACGUAUCAACUGGCCUACUGCUUCGCUGUAAUCGAGAACAACGAGCGCAAUCGAUUACCUAUUUUCGGAAUGAAAUCCUCUUUGCCCAUUUUGGUUCCUAAUUUUUUCCCGUUUGAGUCUUACACGUUAGAGCAUAGCAGGCGAAGGAUAGCUCCAUUAUUUCGCAAUACUGUAGCAAGUAUUGACAGUCGAUCUGUUGAAAAAUGUAAAUAAAAAAAUGCAUAUAUACAAUUUAUAUAUAUAUGAAUAAAUUAUAGUACUGCAUAUCUUUCAAUUCGUUGCUAAUAAUCAGGGAAAAUACGCAAAGUACGGAUUUUUUUAAUUUACUAUGUUCUGACGAAAAAUUAUGUACAGUAAUAUAUAAAUAAAAUGAUCUUUACAUACUUUGAAAUGAUGAAA